GCGAUCAUUUUAUUUUACAAAAAAUAUCUAGUGAAAAUUACUAAACGUACAACUCAAUGGCUCAUGUAAUGUACCACCAAAACAGAACAAUAAGAUUUACAAAAGUUGAUCCUUUUUCCCACCACUAUAAGUUUGCAUCUAAUUCCCUCCCCAAAAGAAAACAAGAAAUUAGGAAUCCGAUUCAAGUUUACCCACAAAAACCUCCUCUUUUCUCCACAUUGUCGAGUUCGUUGUGCAAUCAAUCACUCCGACGAAGCAGUUGCGCAACCCCAGCAAUGGCCAAUUCCGCCGUGGACACUGCCGCUUCUGCUCUGUCGAAGCCGACAGUCACCCAUGUCAUAUUCGAUAUGGAUGGUCUUUUAUUAGAUACUGAGAUAUUCUAUACAGAAGUUCAAGAACAAAUACUAGUUAGGUACAAUAAGACCUUUGAUUGGUCUCUAAAGGCAAGAAUGAUGGGGAUGAAAGCAAUAGAAGCUGCUAGGGUCUUUGUUGAAGCGACUGGAAUAAGCGACUCUCUUUCAGCUGAGGACUUCCUUGUAGAAAGGGAGUCAAUGUUACAGAGCAUGUUUCCAUCGAGCGAGCUAAUGCCAGGGGCCGAAAGAUUGAUCAAACAUUUGCAUGCACAACAAGUGCCAAUCUGCGUAGCUACUGGCUCCCACAAACGGCAUUAUGAGCUAAAAACUCAAAGACAUAGAGAACUAUUUGCUUUAAUGCAUCAUAUUGUUAAUGGAGAUGAUCCAGAAGUUAAACAAGGAAAGCCAUCUCCUGAUGUAUUUUUGGCAGCUGCCAGAAGAUUUGAGGGUGGGCCUAUUGAUCCAAAAAAGUGCCUUGUAUUUGAAGAUGCACCAUCAGGAGUUCAAGCUGCUAAAAAUGCUGGAAUGUCUGUGGUCAUGGUUCCUGAUCCAAGGUUGGACAGCUCCUAUCACUCUGUUGCUGAUCAAGUUCUGAAAUCGCUAAUGGAUUUCAAUCCUGCUGAGUGGGGCUUACCUCCUUUCGAAAAUUCAGCUUGCUGAUCUUUACAACUAUUGCCCACACAAUGAUGUUGCCCUUCCCAGUAGCCCAUCUUUGCAUAAGCUGCCGAGAAUUUUAUGAGUAAUACGGAGUACUUCAGUAUGUUAUUGCUGUGACUGACCCUAUUAUUGAUUCAUUUACUUUCAUGUUUUGCAAGGGGAAACAAACAUAUAGUAUUAAACAUAAUUAAAGUUUAAACAUUAGCAAUAGCAAA